AUGGCUGCCACUAUAAUCCUCCAGAUUGCUGCCGGCGCCGCACUGGUGCAAGCACGUCCAAGCCAGACACUAGAUAGGAGAGUGAACAAUGGUCUUGCCCUCCGGCCACCCAUGGGCUGGGAUAGCUACAAUCACUAUGCUUGUAUACCGAACUCAUCAAUCGUCGAAUCGAAUGCCCAAGCGCUAGUAGACCUCGGACUGGCUGAUCUUGGGUAUCAUUAUGUUAUCACGGAUUGUGGCUGGACGGUACCAGAUCGUACGGCUAAUGGCACAUUGACCUGGAAUGAGACUUCCUUUCCCGAUGGCUUUCCUGCCAUGGGUGAGUACAUCCACAGCCUAGGCCUUGGCUUUGGUGCAUAUUCCGAUGCUGGAAUACAGAUGUGCAUGAAUGGCCUACCUAAUCAGACAGGGAGUCUGUACCACGAGGAUAUGGACGCGCUGACGUUCACGUCAUGGGGUGUGGACUUACUGAAAUACGACAACUGCUACAGCGACAAGGAUGCUGGCUACCCCGAUGCAGACUACAACCCGAGCUCACCACUGGCAUUCCGGUUUGAGACAAUGAGGGACGCCCUCGAGAAGACUGGACGUGACGUACUAUACCAAGUCUGCGAAUGGGGUCUAGACUUUCCGAGUGCAUGGGCGCCAGCAGUAGGCAAUACCUGGCGUAUCACCAACGACAUCAUACCAGCUUGGCGGACGAUCUGGAGACAAAUCAAUCAAUUUGUACCAUCUGCUUCGUAUGCUGGGCCCGGUCAAUGGCCAGAUUUGGAUAUGCUCGAGGUCGGCAACGACAUCUUUACUGAGGCUGAAGAGCAGACGCACUUCACUUUCUGGGCUAUGGCGAAAAGUCCUCUGGUCAUAGGAUGCGCGUUGAACGAUACCAUGACACAUGUCAAUCCUUCGUCUCUUGCCAUCUUGAAGAACGCGGACGUGAUAGCGUACAACCAGGACGAGCUUGGCGUAGCCGCAAACCUAUCUAGACGAUAUUCGGACGCAGGUCUUGACGUCUGGUCAGGUCCAUUGAGUGGUGGUCGGACAGUCGCGGCGCUGGUGAAUUGGAACAAUAAUACCGUCGAUGCUGCCCUGACACUGCCAGACAUUGGCUUGCAAAGUGCCGGGAGAGUCAAGAAUAUCUGGUCAAACACUUCUGCGGCAGAUGUGGUCACAUCAUAUCCCGCUCAGAUAGCGCCCCACGGCACACUUUUGCUGGAACUGGGCGACACGACUCCAUCUGGCGUGUACAAGGCAGAUCGCUGUGCUCGUAUGCACGAUUUAGGCGUAACAUUCCCCAAUGUUUCCGGCAUUACCGAUAGUGCAGCAUACACACUCACCAUAUAUGCGCAGAGUCGUCCUGGUUACUGUGAGCUGGAGGUCAGCACCUCUGCCUCCUCUAUAAAGACAAAGGUUCUACUCCAGGGAGGAUCGGCGACUGUCCAUAUUAGUCUUCUAGCGGGCAUCAAAAACACCAUCACCAUCGGCGGUAGUCACGAAAUCUCCUCGGUCCACGUUUCACCACCACAUGACACUUUCUACCCCAGCAUUGCCUUUACGACCUCCGGCAUAGCUUCGCACUACAAUUGUACUCCUGGCUUGUGUGCACCUGUUGGCUCCAAGAUCACAAAUCUGGCUCAAAACGGGUCUGCUAGCCUUAGCAUUCCACGGGCAAGCCACGCCGUUCCUGGCUCUCGCUACGUUGAGAUCACAUACAUCAACAAUGAUGUAGCAACAGCUACAUCGUGGGGCUAUGGCACGAACACACGCAACAUCACGAUCGCAGUCAAUGGCGCUGCACCAGUCCGCCUUGAAGCACCACUGUCUGGUCGUAGUAGCGAGCUCUUCUCACCCAUGAAAGGCUGGGGUGAUCCUGCCACCUUGGGUGUCCUUGUCAGUGGCUUUGGUGACGGCAAAGGGGAAGAUGCGAUUGUUGUUGGAAACGCCAAUGGCGAUGCUGGAUAUCAGGCUUAUGGUGCCGACUUUGUUGGGCUAAGGAUAUUCUAG